GCCCUACAGCUGCAUCGCGCUGUAACGUGAAGGCGGCGUGGUGCAACAUCAGUUACGAGGUGCAUGGAAGGAAGCCACCGACUAGCGUGUGUGGAUUCGUUGCUGGCGUUGCUUGAGCGAGAGACGAAGUUGCAGACAAACGGCGACGAUGCCAUUGGCAGCACCAGAAAGCAACAGGAAUGCCUCUCCGUGUGCGGCCACUUUGUCGAAUUGGCGUGCUCGCAUGCGCUGUGGAGUGUCCAAGCCAAGGACGACAGGCCAGCAUGGUCAUUGCUGGGGAAAUCGAAGGCGUUGCUUGACCUCCACAGCAACUCGAUAGGCCAACGACCCGUUCACGACACCGUCCACAUCACAUGGCUCGAGCUACGUCUGCGAGUGGCCAAGCAGCUUGGAGCUGUGAGUCGACGCAUCGAUGCGAUGGACGAGACCAUGAAGUACGUGUACGAAGCAAUGGCCAUCGAAUACACCUUGUUCGAUGUCUUUUCUGCAGACAAGCACAGCCGCGACCGCGUCCUGCGCCACCGCACGUCGAUUGCCAAAGCGCACAUGCAGAUUGCCGACUUUUUCGCCAGCGUACACGAGCACUCUGCCGCCGCCGUGAAUGCUCAACAUGCUGCGUCGAUGCUGUUUGAAGGGUUGGUCGUGUGGACCAAGCUGGCUCCGGCUGCCCAAGACACUACUGUGCGCGAUCGCGUGGCGGGCAAGUUGGCGCUGGCACUGCACAACUAUGGGGCCGAGCUCGAGCAUUUGGACGAGUCGUCGAACGCGCUGCAAGCGUACCGAAAGGCGUACGAAGUGAGCGCUGCGUGCUUUGGAAAAGACCACGACAACACCAAGACCAUGGGGCGCACCCUUCAGUCGUUCUCGAUGGCCCUGAAAGAAGGCCCGCUGUCGCCCCCGCCAAAGAAAUGCCCGUCGCCCCCCCGAACCCCCCACGACAAGCAAGACCGAUGGCGCUCCAGCACCAUUUGGCCCGCCUUGCUCAAGCGACUACAUGAGAACUAUACAGACGACGUGAUCACUUUUGACUUGUCCCCUCCAAAAAAGCCCCCAAAACAGUCCGGACCAGUCAGCACUGCCAAGCCAAAGCCCCCGCUCGUGAUUGCCAACCCCAUGACGUCCAUGUUCGCCCCCAAGAACGUCACGUACGCCCCGGUGCUACUCCAUCGAGAGGUCGUCACUCGCUCCACGGACGCCCCAACGAAACAACAGCGCCCCGCCACGGCAAAAUCACCAUGGAAUAAGACGUCCCCUCCUAAAGACUCGUCUCCAUACGCUUUCAAUCCACGUCACCCUGUCGUGGCCGCCGCCCGACCUCCAUUAGCAUCCUUCGAUGCCACCCCCCACCGCCCCAAGACGGCCGGCCUUAUCAAGCGGACGACAACGACACCAGGCCAGCCAUCGCCGCGUCUUCAAAUGGGAUCAAUCACCAAACCGUUUGUGGCCGUUCCAGUAUAUGGGAAUGGCGAUCUGGCAGCACCAGAUCCGAUCCCUAGGGGCACGGAUGCCCGUGACGGACUGCGAAUACCCCAACGAGACACACUAGAAGACGACGAGACCGUUCCGACGCCCGUUGCAAAACUGCACGCGACGCUCAAGUUGGCCGAAGCUAUGGCGGUAGAGGAUGAAAUGCACGAACCGUCGAGUGCUAGGUCCAAGUUGUUGGCCAAGCGCGAACAACGCAUGCGAGAGCGACGACCGAGUGCCACGUCACAAAUGACGAGCUCUCUCGAUGCGAUGCAUUGUGCGGACUCUGACAUGGACAGUACUGGUACUAUCAAUCAUGACAUACGGGACGACGACAAACCAUCUGCGAGCGACCAACACAGUGACACUACGGGUGCUCACCGUGCUCACCCAGAAAUGAACGAGGCAUCAAGCGCCAACGCCAGACUAGAAAUUGCUCGACAACUUUCAGAGCAAGUGCUUGGCUCGGUGUUACGAGCUGCGUCAAGCCCAGACAAAGGGGCGGGUGCAGUUUGUGGCCCAACUAAGGCCUCGUUGACCCCGCUGGCAGCGCACCAUGCGGACAAGGGCAGUCCCAUCUGUUCUGAAGACAACCAAGGGCCAAUGGAACUGCCGCCAGUGGCUACCAGUCACGACUUUGUGCGGCAGUUGUCCCAUCGAGUGGUGGAGUUCGUUUUUGAAUCCCUGAGCCCCACUAAUGCAGCUCAGAAACCGCCCCAUCCGUCAGAGUUGGCCGUGGAGGAGGGCCCCAAGCUGCCGCCUCCUUCGCUUUCUCCAACGCCACGCCGCCUACCCACGCUUGACAAUAUCGACCUGGCACCAGCCACAAUGACCGCGUUCAUGGCCCCUCCCCAAUCUUUAUGGCGGACUCGAACCAACUCAUGUGAUUGUUCCAUUGAUUUGGAGGCAGUUGCGAGUGCAGUGGAAUCGCAGCAUUUGAACUCGCUGGUGGUUUCACUAACAUGCACCCCCGACGAAGGGUUUCUAAUCGAAGUUGAUCCAUCCUUUAUCCCUGGCGAUUUCCUCCAAAACGCGACGACCGCCCCUCAUUCACUACCGACUGUGUGCUACGACCCCCCGCCCGACACGAACGACCCCUCCCCUCCAGAAAGCCACCUUCACAUGCUGGCUCGACAAUUCACUUCGCGUGUGUGUCAUGCAGCGGUGCAGAGUCUCGUCCGUGUUGACUCGCUCGAAAGCGACGCUGACACCGCCUUGCUCACCCCUUCGUCUAGUCGUCAUAGCCCCUCCACUGAAUCCCCCGACAGCUUGGGCCUUGCAUCACCCCCAUCGACGUCGUCCGUGACCGUGACGACAACCGACGAGUCCCCCAUGUCCCCUGCCAGGUCUAGUCGAAGUCGAAGGAGGAGGCGCUCCACCAGUUCAAGUAGUAGCAGUAGUAGCAGUAGUACUACUAGUAGUAGUAGUAGUAGCAGGAGUAGGUCACGGAGCAGCAGAAGUCGCUCCCACGUGAGUCUGUUGUCGUCGAGCUCUUCGUCGACGUCCACCGACACAAUCGAAUGCGACAGAUCUUCGCCAACGAUAAGAAGUGGACCGACAAGCGACGCCACGUCACUUCCCUCGUCCUCCACGACAAGCAAUCCCCCCGUUCCCCCACUGUCCCCCUAA